AUCAGUAUGGCCACCCUCAUGUCCCGAACAGCUGAUUGCAGGUUCCUGCCUCCCCGGGUCUAACUGUAUCCGCAUCUCAGCGUUGCAGACUCACCCAAGCAUGUGACCUCAUCUCGUCUCAUAUCGUCGUAUCUAGACAUGGAGUCUUUCCAUGAAGCCAGAUGUGUGUCAUGAGGACUCCAGAUAUUUUGGAAGAAAUAAUUGGUCAUGUCUUUGGGGAUCUGCUGGAAGAUGUUAUCCUCCGAUACGCCUUCGAUCUUCACGAAGCAAUUACCACUGGGGUAUGGGAAGCAGAGGAAGGAUGUUUGGAGAUGGAGGAUGAUGAACAAAUUGUGGAUGAGCCUGGAGUUGAUAUUUUUGGCCAAAAUUCAGACAUGAAGAAUACCAGAAAUUUGGAAUGUGCCUGUCCAAAAUGUCAGCGCACCUUGGGUGCUUCGCGUUUUGCCACACAUUUAGAAAAAUGCACGGGAAUUGGGAGGUUGAGUUCCCGAAUUGCAAACCAAAGGAUCAUCACUAAUAACACCAAAGACUCAUCAGGGCCACUGAUCCCCAGUGAUAACGAUGAUGAAGAUUGGACUAACAAGGCUGAAUCUAAGAGUAAAUCCAAGAAACGCAAGGAAAAGAAUUCAACACGGACUGUGAAAGCCGCACGUGUGAAAGCUGAUGACAGCAGUGCAAUGAUCAAUGGUCUAAAUGGAGAUGAGGUACACUAUGAACUCUUGAAGAAGCUGGAAGAGAAUGGGCGCAGUGGAAAGAAAAAUACUCGCAAAAAGCUGAUAGACAUGCCAGUGGCUGGGACAAGUGACCUCCCAUCAUCUGUAUUGGAGGAAGACAGUGAUUCUUCACUCUUCAGAUUGGUUGGAGAGUAUGCCUUCAACCCUUCUCCAACUGACUCAUCCUCUACAAACAACAGCACAUCAUCCAGGAAGCGUGAAGCGUACCCUUCCAAAGGGAAAGGAGCCUCAGCCAAGCGGAAGAAAGAUGGAUCACAGAAGUUUCUGUCCAGUACAGGUGACUAGACUCUACUAUCAAUUCAAUACGCUGUCUACGCUCCCUUUGCUCAUUCGGACACUGUGACUUAUUUCUUCCAGGAACUUUGUAAGGUUAUGCUGGAUCCAUGUUUUCUCUUCCAGCCUGUGUUCACAAGCUGUGAUAGAAGUGUUUAGGAUAACUGUAAAUUAUUCCCACAGGUUGAACAAGCACUUGGAAUCAUUAUUUAUACUUUCACUUCAUUUUGUUGCAGUCAUGCCCUCUUGUGCAAUGUGAUUGUCUCUUGGUAACAUAAGUAGGUACCAAGCAUGGUAACUUGGUUAGUCAUUCCAUUUUUAUGAGAAAGUUCCUGAUGAGAUGACAUUUUUGAGAUAAUUGAAGGUGUGCUUGGCAUGCUAUGAACAUUUCAUAUGGAGAAGGUUUUCCAGGAUUGGGAAUUGUAUUGGAUGCAUUGCUAAGUAUCAUGCUUUUUUAAGUCCAUUGUGGUAUGUGGAUUUGGGGAAGUGGCUUUCAUCUGAAAUUUGUGUAUUGGGUGAAUAGAGAAAGUUGUGAAGAAUGCCCUGCUUCCUCCUUAAUUCACCCUUGUGAAUAAAAGGAC